GUGUUAAUGAUGCUCAAUAUUUUUAAAUUACAAAGAACAGCAGGAAAAUUCCUUUGCACCAAGCCAUACCCUACUUUGAUGCCUUUAACAAGGAGCAUCUUUAUUAGGAAUAAGUUUCCAAUGGCUGCCAUGAUUACAACAGUUCCUAAAAGAAAUAACUCAUCUUAUGUGCAAGAAGAAAUUAAGCAGGCACCUUACUCAGGAAGAGAAAGUAUUGAACUCAUUGUUUCAAGGCUUGAUCAAGAUGGUCUGAAAGAAUUUUGACAUUAUUAUCAAAUUCCUUUUAUCGAAAACAACUUGGUCAAGACAACAUACAAUGCAGCUAAAAUUUACUACAGAUUAAAGGAGAAUGAUAUUAAAGUUCCUAUAUCACAGACUAAAAUAUACAGAGUCUCAGAAUUGUUAGCCACAAUUCCAAAAGAAGAAGUAGAAGAUCUCGACACUAAAUUUAAAAUGGAAGAUAAGUGGAUGAAGUUCUUUAUGCCAAGAUUGACCAGCAUUGAGAUCGACAUUGACAAAGCUCUCAGCACAGUCUAUACUGAGAAUCCAAAAGGAAGAAAGUAUCCUGUCCAAGCAGUCCUGAAGGCUUUUAUUAGAGACAAUGCUAAGCAUUUUAAUGAUUCUCAAAAGCUAAGAGCUCUCAGCAUUUUAGAGUCUAAUCAAGACAGAGACAUGGAGACUAGCGACUUUCUUUUUAAGUCUAUUUACAGCAGAAUAGUUUCAAGCGAGUUUGAUUUUACAGAUCCUCAGUUAACCUUCCAGCUCAUGAGUACAACCUUGAAGAAAUAUUCAACUGUCUUUAAAGAUGAUAUUGAGAAUAGAGAGGUAAAGUUCUGGGGAUCCUACUUUAACAUAACUGAAAAUUAUUUAAGGAGGGUGACUUCAAUUCCUCCAGUAAAACUCAAGAAGUUCAGAAAGGAUAUUUGUCUCUUUGCUAUUCCUUAUGUCAAGGUCUUAUUCAAUGAAUUCACAUUUUCUGAGAAAUUGGUCAUUCUUCGCCUUUGCCAAGUAACCCAUACUCUACGAGAGGAUUUAGUUGAGAGAUACUUUAGAGAGCUUAUUGAAGAAUUCAAAAAUUUGGACAAAGAGGAAACCAUUACCAGUCAUUUUGCUAUGGUUUCUGACAAGUAUAACAACACUGAAGAGUCUUACCUAGACGAAUUAGUUAAGGUCCUCAAUUACGGGUUCUCUAUCAACCCUAAUCUUAAAGAAAUAGAAGGCUCAGAUGAGUUUAUCUCAACUUUAUUAAAAGAAUACAGAAAAUCAAGGAAGGUAGACUGAAGCUGUGAAUACCUCCUUCCAGAUCCUCAGAAAAGAAUAGACUGGAACAAUUCCUUGAUCGGGAGCUAUCUACAAGAAAUCAAAGAUAUGGGAUAUAAUUUUGCAGAGAGAAGGCCCUAUGCAAUAAUUAAACGCUUGGAGAUGAUUAAUCCUGAUGAGUGUGAUGAAAAGAAAUACCUCCAGCUUCUUAAAAUUUUGACUUCAAUGGUGUGAAACGAAUUUAAUGAGAAUUUCACCAAAUACAACAUCAAAAUGGCUUUAGUGGAAAAUGCUAAUAUGUAUAACAACUACAUCGGAUUUAACUUCACAAUCAGACUUCGUGAGAUCCGUGAAUCUAUUAUUAAGUUAAUGCAGCUGCAUUUCAGAGAAAAUUAUGACAACAUUUUUGACAGAAAUUACACAGAAAAGAACUUAUUUAAAGUAAUCAUCAAUGAGAAGCUGUUUGAUGCCUAUUUUGAGAUGCUAAUCACUCUUUGUUCGAUUGAGUCUCAGAAACCAAUGUAUAACUCAAAUUCAACUGGCCCUAGAAAGAAAAUGGGGAGCUUACAAGAAGGCCUUUACCGCAAUAAGAUGUACAAGUAUCUCUACGACCCUGCUUUAUGUGGUUAUAUCGAUUCCCUACCGAGAGAAAGUGAAAAGCGAUGGAAUCAUAAUUUUGUCCGUUAUUUGCAGAUAAAAGUAGAGUCAUUUCUAGUAGUAAACCCUAUCUAUCACUUUCGUGCGCAGGCAUUAGCUUAUAGCAAGCAGAUUAGUCGUGCUUAUAAGAAGUCUUUGAAUCACAACUUUCUUCCUCAACAUCAAAAUCUUGGCGAUGAUGAAGAAUUCGAUGUAUUGAACAACACUGAAGACUCAGAGGAUAUUAUCCCUCAGCCAAAAGUUACUGCCAAUCAGAAGUAUUUUAUCCAAAAGAAAGAUUACAAGAAUCAGAUGCUUGAUCUCAUGCAACAUGACUUGAAGGAAUACUUUGAGGGUGCCAACUGGGCUAUCGAUUCAUUUUUAGAUCUAACAAUAAGAAAGAUGACAUCUAAAUUCCCAAACCAAAGAUUAAUCCUUGAAGCACUCUGAGAGAUAUUAGAAGGUAUGGAAGAUUGCCCUCAUGUGGAUCAUUUGGAUAAGAAAGUGAUUGUCUACAACCCAAAGACUUACCAAAAGAUGAAGUGACUUAUCCAAAUCUUGAAGGAUAUGGAAAAGAGGAAACAAACUUCCCCUCUUCCUUCAAUCUCUGGUGAAGUUGUAGCUGGGUAUAAAAUCACAAAUUUCAUUGCCCACACAAAUAAUUUAGAUCGAGAUAUGAGAGCUUUUGAUGAAAUGCUUGAGAAUAGAUUAAGCCAUAAAUUUAUUGAGAGAUUUGGUAAUCAAUUGAAUGAGAACAAGACAAAAAGCUACUUUGCAGAACUGUCAAUUAUCGAAAGUGAAAAUUCAAAAUACCUGAAUGCAGGACAUUACGAGUUGAUGGAUAUGUGCAGACAGAAGUUAUUGGAGAAGUAUCUUUAUUCUGGAUUUAUUAAGUUGGAUUAAGCUUUUAACUGAA